GAUUCCGAUCGAAUUUAUUCCGUUAUUUCCUACAUUUCUAUUGUUUUUUCUAGGGGAAACGGAAUUAUUCCGAUCGGAAUUGAUUCCGACAGGUUCCAUGAUGGGUACCCAAGCUAUUAAUAACGAUUUCUGUAUCCAGAAUUACAAGUGCCUGAUGAGUACUUUGAGUAUCGCUGGAAAAUGGUGAACGUAGUUCACCUCCCUCCUGUCUUAUGAGUGCUGAUUGAGCGUCCGUGUGGAACCGGCUUAAGACUGUCAUGUUGCGAGAACUUUUUGCACUCACUGAUCUGCUCUAAAGGUGUAAAUAAAUAUAACCUAUUAUUUUUACUCCUUUUUUUGAUAUCGGAAAGCUGAAAAGUUUAACACGGGUUUAUAAUACAUAAAUAAUUGUCAUUUGAAAGAGCGAGUGUGUUAUCAAGACAUCCUAAUAUAGAUUUUCUACUCUAAUUUGCGUUUUCACAAUGUACAAUAACGAGUGCAUAAAAACAAACCACAAUGAAGACUCUGUUCCACAUCUGAAUAAAAAAUCUAAGAAAUCCAAAUCUAAGAAAAGGCAAGCUACCAAAAAGGAAAAGAAGAAAUAUAAAAAAAAGAGGAAAUAUUCGACAUCAUCUUCAAGCAGUGAGAGCUCUGGCAGUGAUACAUUGGAAUGGGUGGAAAAAACUAAUGAAAAUCAAACUUCUCCAUAUGUUAUUGAAAAUCCAAUUAGCAAAGCACAAGAAAAACAGUCCAAAAGAGAUGAAUGGAUGAAUAUAGAAAGUUUUCUUCCAUGUACAUCUAAAUCUGAAAUAGCAAAACAGAAAUCUGAUACAAAGGAAGAAGACAAAACAAGAAUAUUUCUGGAUAAACCAGGACAAAGUGAUAGAGAAUUGAAUCCAUACUGGAAGGAUGGAGGCAACGGAUUACCUCAAAGUAGCGCAGGAAGGUUUGAUAAUCAGUCAAAUCUUGAUGCAAAUUGGUUAAAAAAAAGUUUUCGUCGUGCCAAGGAACAAGCUCUUAGGGAUGGUAGAAGUCUAGAGGAAGUAGCUGCAGAACGCUGGGGUUCACUGGAAACUAUACAAAUGAUGAUAGCUAAAGCAGAAAGAAUAUCGAAUUCUGAACAAGAAAAUUCCUAUCAUAAGAAAUCACAUAACGAUAGCAACAAAAGUUCAUGGAGGGCCUCUAGUUCAAGAAGAAAAAACCACUCAAGAUCAAAAUCGAGAUCUAAAUCCAGAUCCAGAUCUAGAAGCAGAGAGCGAAAUAGAAAGCAUAGUACACACUACUCAUCACAGAGCACAAGACAAAAACAAAUGUAUCAUAAACCUAAAGAAAAUGACGAUUAUUAUCAGCUGGCUGCGCAUAUAUCUAGCAGCAGUCGUGUAAAAAAUUGGAAGAAAGAUAAAGAUGAUAGAAAAUAUGAAUCUGAAUCAUCCUCAUCUAGACUGAAAGAAACCAUUCCAGAUAGGAUCAGUGAUACAAAAGAGGUUGAUAAAAAAGAAAAUACAGAUAUUUUGUCAGAAGCAGAAAUGAAUAAGUUGGGCGCAAAAAUUAUCAAAGCUGAAAUAAUGGGUGAUGAGGAAUUGGCAACUCAAUUCAAGGAACAAUUAGAGCAAGCUAGAAAACUUGCUGCCACUAACAAAGCUAUUGUACAGAAAGAAACUGUGAUUCUUACAAGAAUAGAUGCAAAAGGUAUUGAAAGACCAAUUCAACCUAGAAGUCAGUAUAAACAAUCCACGGAAGGUCAUAGAAGGAAGAAAAUUACGGAGACACAUGUAUCCGGCGAGAGAAUGCGUUAUUUCGCUGAUGAUGAUAAAUAUUCCUUACAAGAAAUGUUUCAACGAGAGAAAGGAAGAUCAGCGGAUGAAGAUGAGGCGAUGUUUACCAAGUACGCUUCUAAGAGUGCAGAUUAUAUGGACGAUAUGUUCGAGCAACAAAUCGCGCGAACGAAUUUGGAAGCGAAGGAUGAUAAACGAGAUCGUGCACUUGCGAUUAGAGAACAUAAGAAUUUAUCCAAGCGCCUGGAUAACUGUUGGUGGUGCCCCGACUCGAAAAAUAUGCUGAAGCAUAUGAUUGUUACAGUAGAUUCCAUGAUUUGUUUAAGUUUACCCGCUUGCGAUUCUUUAACUACAGGUCACUGUAUAUUGACGCCUAUACAACACAUAACUUGUCAAUUGCAAUUGGACGAGGACGUAUGGGAAAAUUUAAAGGAAUUGAAGGGAAAAUUAACGACAAUGUUCACGAACGAAGAUCUUUAUCCGAUAUUUUUUGAAGUAUAUAAAAAGAGACACAGGUUUUCGCAUAUGCAGUUAGAAUGCAUCCCUUUACCUAAGGACAUUGGCGAGUCAGCACCAAUGUAUUUUAAGAAAGCAUUGUUGGAGUGUGAAACCGAAUGGUCAAUGAACAAAAAAAUUAUUGAUUUAAAGAACAAAAAUAUACGACAUGCUGUACCAAAUGGUCUAUCAUACUUUAUGAUAGAGUUCGCUUCACAUCCUGGUUAUGCUCAUGUAAUCGAGGACGAGGAAAUGUUUCCGAAGAAUUUCGCCGAGGAGGUGAUAGGUGGGAUGUUGGAUUUAGAUUGUAAUUUAUGGCGGAAACCAAGAAAACAAAGCUUUGAUGAGCAAAGAGUAAAGGUGUUGGAGUUCACAGAAAUGUGGAAAAAAUGUAAUAUUUUGCAAGGAUAAAAUAUUUAAUGAUAUUGUUUGUACUUGUAUAAACUUGUGUAUAGGAUCCUAUUUGAAGAUAUUCUAUAGCUCUUUAAUAUACAAAUAAAA